GUGUGUGUGUGUUAAAAAAGACUCUGUUUUCCUGUGUCAGAGGUGCAUCACUGGACACUGCUCCGGGAACUACAGGAAGUGAACCGCAGUCUCCUAAUGCAGCCUGUGUGUGCUUUCUUGCCCGUUUCGAGACUCCUUUCUGAAAUCCUCAACAGGACCCGGUGUUAAUGUUUAAACCCAUGUCUCUUUCUUCCUCUGGCUCACGUUGAGCCGUUUCUUCCUCUCCCCAGCUGUCUGGUUAAUGCCUCACUUGGUUUUGUUUGAAGCAGUGUUGGCGCUGUGCUCGUCCACUCGGCUUUGACUCCAGGAGAGCGUGAGAGCGGGGCAGGAUGAAACCGACCCAAGAGGAGACUGCUAAUAAAAACCUCUUGAGGCUGCUGAUCUUUUUUUGGAUUAUCGAUCCUCAUGUUCUCCAUCUUCUACUUCCGUUCACUCGCCGUCCUUCGCUCUCUCCUUUCCGCGUGCCCGAAUUGGAGAGUCAUGCUGGAUUAACCGUCUUCUAGUCCUCCUAGCUUCUCGUGGUUUGAAGAACCACUCAGUCAUUUUUCUUUUGUAAACAGUGGACUGGCGUUUGGGAAGAACUGCUUUUACUGGGUGGAAAUUGCUGGCUUUGCCCUACGUUCUUCUUUUACCGGAUCGUUAGACGCCAACACGCCGGGCUUUGGCACUCUGAACUAAUUAUUGGAUUCUGCAAAAAAUUCGCAACUCUUACAUUAAAGUGGCAUGGAAGAAGCGGUGGUUCGUUCUGCGCAGUGGACGACUGACGGGAGACCCGGACGUGCUGGAGUACUACAAAAAUGACCACGUGAAGAAGCCCAUCCGAGUGAUCGACCUGAACCUGUGCGAGCAGGUGGACGCCGGGCUCAGCUUCAACAAGAAGGAGCUGGAGCACAGCUUCAUCUUCGACAUCAAGACCAUCGACAGAGUCUUCUACCUGGUGGCUGACACUGAGGAGGAGAUGAACAAGUGGGUGCGCUGCAUUUGCGACAUCUGUGGCUUUAACCCCACCGACACAGACGACUCGGCGAAAGCAUCUCAUCAGUCUGCAAUGGGUGGAGGUUCGGUGAUGGAUGUACCUCCUCGAUCUGGGCUGAUGGGAUCCUCCGCACUGCCCAGCGUGCCCCCUCCGUACCAGCCUGUCAGCGUUGGACAUCUGGACUCCUCCUCCAGCCUGGAUGACACACAGGACUACCUGCUGCUGCUCCACUGCGAGAGCAAGAAACCCGAGCCCAGCAGUGCUAAUGUGGCUCUGUCUGAAAGCGGGCUGGAGCAGGAAUACCUGCUCUUGGAGGAGUGCGAGAGCAAGGCUGCUCCUCCUGACAGUCCACACGAGUGCUCCAAGUCUACCUCCUCGGAGCCGGACUGCAACGACAACCUCCCAUCUCACCGCACGCCCACUUCCUCAACCUCUACAGCCAAGCACGCAUCAGUCAACGGCUUCUUCUGUUCCCAGCAUGCCAGCAUGCCGCUGUAUGACUCGCCUCCGGCGCGGGGGGCCAGUGUUUCGAUCGAGCCGCAGUCUUUGUACCAACUUCCCCGCAGCCGGUCUCAGGACACGGUGCUGCUGCCCAAAAGCGCGUCCUUGUCAGGCACCAUCGACUCCGAUACUGGCGACGUCUACGUCUUCAACACACCUGCGCGAAAGCCCUCGCUUGAGGCUCAUCUCAGGAACACGUCCGUCAGCUACGACAUCCCACCCGCGCCUGGCAGCAACAGCGCCUAUCAGGUGCCCCGCACGGCCGGGGGGGCGGAGGCCUCGGCCUCCGAUGUAGUGCCACCUCCUCGGCCGCCCAAACCCUCAGCGGGGCCGGCGGCCGACCGCUCGCCCACAGACAAUUACGUCGUACCUAGGUCGGUGUCGGAGACGGACUCAAACUACUGUGUGCCUUCAGGGCCGGGAGGAAGCAAAACUCUCCGGAGCAACACCAUCGGCCCUGUGGAUUCCUCACGCCUGCGCAAAGAUUAUGGAUCACAAGACUGUUAUGAUAUACCCAGAUCUUUCCCUUCAGACAGAAACUGCUCAUUCGAGUUCAACGAACCCUUCAGCAACUAUUUUAAAAAUAAAGGCAUGCUGCCUGUAGGGAACACUUCGACCGAGGAGCUGGAUGAAAACUACGUGCCUAUGAGCGCAAAUUCCCCGUCACAUCAGCGCUCGGGUAGCCUCUCCGAGCUUAUCCAGGAGCCCAACUAUGUGCCCAUGACCCCGGGCACAGUGGAGUUUCCUUCCCUGGGGAAGCAGGUGCCUCCUCCGGCCCACAUGGGUUUCCGAUCAAGUCCCAAAACACCUCCACGAAGACCAAUGCUCAUCACUGACUGCCAACCGCCACCUGUCGACCGAAACCUCAAACCUGACCGCAAAGGUCAGAGUCCUAAAAUAAUCAGAGCUAAUCGGCCUGUCGGUCUUGAGCGAACCGACUCUCAAACCAUAGGUGAUUUCUCAAGACGUCGUAAGGCCAAGCCCGCCCCCUUGGACAUCAAACCAGUCCCUGAGUGUGAGGAGUUUAUUACACCAGUGCGCUCACCCAUCACCAAGUCCUUCACCCGGGACCCAUCCAGGUUCCCCAAGGUUCCCAGGCCACCUUCGGUGCAUAGCACCGCCUCCAGCACCGACUCCGAGGAGGGGGAUGAGAAUUAUGUCCCCAUGCAGUAUCCUAAUAUGCCUGCAGAUGAACCAAAAUUAGGACCACCCAUGAAUGCCAAAGUUGAGUAUCUGGACUUGGACCUGGACCCUGGCAAAUCCACUCGAAAGAGCAACGGGGCAGGCAUGGGAGUGUCAGAUGAGCGGGUAGAUUACGUGGUGGUGGACCAGGAGCGCACUCAGGCCCUAAAAAGCACCAGAGAGGCGUGGAGCGAUGGCCGGCAGUCCACUGAGAACGACACCCCCUCCAAAGGGCCCAAGUGAACCCUUGGCCCCUCCUCCUUCCCUCUGAUCCGUCUGGUUUCUGGGCUGGAGAUGGGGUGCGGUGCAGGAGUAGAAGACAUGCCUCGAUCUGCCCCUACUAUUCAUCUAGAUUAUACUGUGAGAGAGAAGCCGGUUCAGUUCCCACAUCAGCUGGUUUACACUGCCACCUGGCUGAGGGAAAGGCAACUGUGUGGAGGAGAGCUGGGCUUCCAGAGUGCCGUCUAUAAGCUGAGAGACAAUUUCUACUCUACUGUGUGUUGGGAGCUGAAGGAACUGCUAAACAUCACUGAUUUAGAGCCCUAUGAAUACUUUUGCUAACAGAACAGCAAUAUACUUUCAUUUGUAUCAAGUGGACACUUGCUGCUUCACUUAGGGUUUUUUUUUUUUUUUGGGGGGGGGUAUAGCCUGGGUUUUAAUUCCACCUGUGUUCAUUCACAUUCAUGGAGUGAAAUGUUAUCUUUUAGUUUGAUUAGCAUUUCUGAGUUUACCACCAAACAACUAUCUGCUUUUCCUGUUCACACAACUGCCAUAGUCAGGUUACAGGAAAUAGAUUUAUUUUUUUUCUUCAGGAAGCAUUCACUUUUUCCAGUUCCUUGAUAAUCUGAAGCUUUGGUACCUCUUGGUUUCUUUCAUUUUAUUUUAUUUUUUAAAGGGGGGGGGGGUGUUCAGUGUUACCCACUAGAGCAUUUGCAAGGUAUUGAAUGCCAUGGAGAAAGAAAGAAAAAAAGCCACAAGAAAGAAGAGCAGCAUCACAGUGGCAAAUAGGACUGCUAAACUGACUGUAUAAAGUGUUAUGUAUAUUAAAUAAAGUGUCCUUUGUAUUGAAUGUGUGAGCUGUAAAGGCUUUGGUGUGGCCUCUGCCGGAUAGAAGUCUGCACUCUCGGAAAGCAGGAGCUGUGACCGCUGUUUUUAUUUCAGUGCAAGGUAACAAAACUAAAGAGCAGAAGUCAGGUACUCACCAAAAGGAUUAACACAGCAGUUCCUUCCUAAAUUAUUUUUAUUUCUGUUGUUUUUUUCUUUCUUUCUUUACUUACACAUGAUGAGAUUGAUGUUGCAGUUCACUCAUUAUUGUACUGCCAUUUCAGCAGCCUGUGAUAAAUGUUCUGAUCAGCUUCUUUUUUAUUCUUUUUUUUUUUUUUUUUUUUUAAUCUGCUGUAUAUGAUGCCUUCUUUGGGAAAAGAGAAUCCAGUCAGGAUGUUUCAGAAGUUGUAUAUUGAUCCCGCAUUCCUUUUGUGACUGGUCCUUUGAUAUAUUUUAUUGCCACUUUGAUAAUUUAUUUCAGAUGGAUUUCCACAGUUUCCGGAGACUAAUUGCCUUAUUACAAACUUUACUGUGUGAAUGUUGUACAUACGACCGGAUGUGUAAUUUCAGCAUCAAAGUUAGAGAGACUAUGUAAACUUUUAUCAUGUGUGUAACAAAUACUUUUACUAACUAUCAAUUUCUUAGGCCAAGGAGACAUGGACAUGGACACCGUCAGUGGCUUUUGCUGUAUAUACAUGCACAAACUUCCUUUUUAAAUUCAGAUCUCCAUCUUUACUGCCUGCUUUUUGUUCAGCCUUGUUUUUAAGGUGCAUUAUGUGGCCAGAUAAACCUCAGAUUUUCUUCA